AUGUUUGUCUCCUUGAGACUGACGUUGCAGAUGAAAAACCCUGAAGAAAAGGGGAAUCGUCGCCCCAAUUCUCAGGAAACGGCAGUUCAACCCCAGAGUUUAGCUCUAGGACACUCCAAAGUUGAAGGAAUUUCUCGGCUUACAACUGUGGUUCUUGGUACAGAUGAAUCAAACAGCAAGUUGGUGCAACAACUCUAUAAGUUAGUGGAUCUGCAUAAGGAAGCACAACAGGGCCAGAUUGACGAUCGCUCCUCACUACUCAACGUUUACGAGGAUGUUAGUUCUCUCUUUCUUGAUCGGCUACUUAGAAUUGGUAUGGGAAAAGGAACCAUAUCAAGUAGCGGGGACAACAACCGAGAUGCAUAUUUGAACAUGUCGAUUGCAGUUCUUGCUACCCUUUGUCGUGUUCUAGAGAUUGCAUCCUCUGAAGACAUGAUUUCCAAGAUCCCAGUGAUAUUGGAAGAACCAAACACGUUCGUUUCAAAGAGCAAAGGGAACGAGAAGGAAAUUCUAAUAGCUUCUUUGCAGGUCUGCAUAUUGGGAAGAUAUUGCUUUUCCCAUGAAUAG